AGUUCGGAUCAGUCUAGGAGAAACCAACACGUACAGUUCCAUGCUUCAGAAGGAGUCGGCCUUCACUCUCUCUCUCUGUAUUUAUACCCCAACAGUUCAGAACCUUUCCUCCCCAUCAAGAAACUCUGAAAACCCUACUCAUUGCCCCCCUCUGAAACUCAUUCACAACAAUGGCAGACCCAAGCCCAUCAUCUCAAAACCCUGGUCACCCUCCUCCUUCCUCGUCCGACUCGAAAAGUGACAAGAAAGAUUAUUCCACUGCAAUUCUGGAGAAGAAAAAGUCUCCAAAUCGUCUUAUCGUGGAUGAAGCUCUAAAUGAUGAUAAUUCUGUGGUUUGUAUGCACCCUGCUAAAAUGGAUGCUCUCCAGUUCUUUCGAGGAGACACAAUUUUGAUCAAGGGUAAGAAACGAAGAGAUACAAUUGGCAUUGCUCUCGUUGAUGAGCACUGCGAAGAACCAAAAAUCAGAAUGAACAAAGUUGUUCGAGCGAACCUUAGGGUACGCCUCGGAGAUGUCGUAUCAGUUCAUCAGUGUCCUGACGUGAAGUAUGGAAAGCGAGUUCACAUCCUUCCAAUUGAUGACUCUAUUGAGGGCCUCACAGGCAACCUGUUUGAUGUAUUUUUGAAACCAUAUUUCUUGGAAGCCUACCGACCUGUGAGGAAGAGUGACCUUUUCCAAGUUAGAGGUGGAAUGCGAAGUGUUGAAUUCAAAGUAGUGGAUACAGACCCUGGUGAAUACUGUGUUGUUGCACCAGAUACAGAGAUCUUCUGUGAGGGAGAACCCAUUAAACGCGAAGAUGAGGAGAGACUGAAUGAAGUUGGAUAUGAUGAUGUUGGCGGUGUACGAAAACAAAUGGCUCAAAUCCGUGAGCUAGUUGAGCUUCCUUUGAGACAUCCACAGCUCUUCAAGGCAAUUGGCGUGAAGCCCCCCAAAGGUAUCCUGCUUUAUGGUCCACCCGGGUCUGGGAAAACACUAAUUGCAAAAGCCGUAGCGAAUGAAACAGGCGCAUUUUUCUUCUUGAUAAACGGCCCUGAGAUAAUGUCGAAGAUGGCUGGUGAGAGCGAAAGCAACUUGAGGAAGGCAUUUGAGGAAGCUGAAAAGAAUGCCCCAUCUAUCAUCUUCAUUGAUGAAAUAGAUUCCAUUGCUCCGAAGAGGGAAAAAACUCACGGUGAAGUGGAGAGGAGGAUAGUGUCCCAACUUUUGACUUUAAUGGAUGGCCUUAAGUCCAGAGCUCAUGUGAUUGUCAUGGGGGCUACCAACAGGCCAAACAGCAUUGACCCUGCUCUGCGGAGAUUCGGGAGGUUUGACCGAGAGAUUGAUGUCGGUGUACCAGAUGAGGUGGGAAGGUUGGAAGUCCUUCGGAUCCAUACAAAAAACAUGAAACUUGCUGAAGAUGUUGAUCUUGAAAGAGCCGCAAGAGAUACGCAUGGUUAUGUUGGUGCGGAUCUUGCUGCUCUUUGUACUGAGGCUGCUCUUCAGUGCAUUAGAGAGAAAAUGGAUGUCAUUGACCUGGAGGAUGAGACAAUUGAUGCUGAAGUAUUGAAUUCCAUGGCUGUUUCUAACGAGCACUUCCUAACGGCUUUGGGGGCUUCCAAUCCCUCUGCCCUUCGUGAAACUGUUGUGGAGGUUCCCAAUGUGUCCUGGGCGGAUAUUGGUGGGUUGGACAAUGUUAAGAGAGAGCUUCAAGAGACUGUCCAAUAUCCAGUGGAGCAUCCGGAGAAGUUCGAAAAAUUUGGCAUGUCUCCUUCCAAGGGAGUUCUCUUUUAUGGUCCUCCUGGAUGUGGGAAAACCUUGCUUGCCAAGGCAAUCGCUAAUGAGUGCCAGGCUAACUUCAUAAGUGUCAAGGGACCCGAGUUGCUAACAAUGUGGUUUGGAGAAAGUGAGGCAAAUGUCCGAGAGAUAUUCGACAAGGCACGCCAGUCGGCUCCGUGUGUCCUUUUCUUUGAUGAACUCGAUUCUAUCGCUACUCAGCGUGGGAGUUCAAUAGGAGAUGCUGGUGGUGCUGCGGAUAGAGUUUUGAACCAACUACUGACAGAAAUGGACGGUAUGACGGCAAAGAAAACAGUAUUUAUCAUAGGGGCAACAAACAGGCCAGACAUUAUUGAUCCGGCAUUACUCAGGCCUGGACGUCUAGACCAGUUGAUUUACAUCCCACUCCCGGAUGAGGCUUCUCGUCUUCAGAUUUUUAAAGCGUGCUUACGAAAGUCUCCAAUCUCUAAGGAUGUUGACCUGGCUGCGCUUGCACGGUAUACGCAAGGGUUUAGUGGGGCCGACAUAACUGAAAUUUGCCAGCGUGCCUGCAAAUAUGCCAUUAGAGAGAAUAUUGAAAUGGAUAUUGAGAGAGAGAGAAAGAGGCAAGAGAACCCUGAAGCAAUGGAAGAAGACAACGUAUAUGAUGUUUCUGAAAUUAAGCCAGCACAUUUUGAAGAGUCGAUGAAGUACGCCCGCCGAAGUGUCAGCGAUGCAGAUAUUAGGAAAUACCAGUUGUUUGCUCAAACUCUACAGCAAUCGCGUGGAAUUGGAUCCGAGUUUCGGUUUCCAGAUCGCCCAGGCAAUUCAACAGCAGAUGGAGCUUCAGACCCUUUUUCGUCUGCCGUGGCUGCCGGAGACGACGAUGAUCUGUACAGCUGAAUCAACCCAAUGCAGCUUGGAAGUUUCUACACAACUUCCACAAGUAUUAGCCUUUUGCAUGUGAAGAUUAUGUUUUGUGCUAACGUAUGAUAGAGUUGGCCUUUCAGUUGAAUCUUAGUUUUUCAAGUCUUUUUUUGGAUAAGUAACUGUUAAGUAAAUAUGCAUAUAUAAGUUAGUUUUCAUUAUGUUUUGCUGAGUUAGCUCUUGAAUAUGCAUCAUGGGUGCAUGAAUUAGUUAGUUUUCGUUAUUUUUUUUGCUUAGUUAGCUCUUGAAUAUAAAUCAUGAGUCUUAUAUUGGGCUACCUUUUUUCCAUCAGUAAAGCUUAAUUUUCUGGUUGCUGAA